AAAGUCUUUUUUAGUCGUUUAUCAGAAAACAGUCUCGACAACUUCCUUAACACGGAUGUUUUCUGGUGAACGAAGAUCAGCGUCGACCUGGUAGUGUGGUGCAGACAGUCAACAUACACUGUUGGUUACACAUGUGUUGAAUUACACAACAAUGUCUAAUUUAGAUAUAUUCGUGGGCAGAGACCCUGAAAUCAGGAACCUGAAAUCUAAAUGGCACACAAACAGCUUAUGUUUAGUCUAUGGAUUGCGGUCUAUUGGGAAAUCAACAUUAGUUAAAAAAUAUCUGAAAGUUCUGGAAUCCAGCACACCCGAAGUGAGCUUCAGCUGGAUUGAUAUGAGAUCUAUGAAACACCUUCGCCAGGUAUACAUUUCUCUAAUUGGAUCUUUGUCGUCAUCACAGAUGUACAUGGAAACCGACUGGAUGGAAGGAAUUUCACAGUUGAUACAGACAACAGUAUGUAAGGAUCACGUAAUCAUAUUUGACAACGCCGAGGACAUAAUUGAAGGUAAACAUUGUACUGAAUUUCAAAAGUUGUGUGAAGUGUGCAUUUCUAGUUCAGAAAAAGUGAAAGUGAUCGUUACGUCGACAGCCGAGGUUCGGUUUGAGAAUAAGGCGUUUUCUGUGACAUUAGCACCUCUUUCGCCGGAGAGUUCUGCUGAGUUGCUACAGACUUGUGCUCCGUCAGUAGAAUUUGGAACCAACUUGGCGACUAUUGUGAAUCUGUGUGGUGGCUUUCCCUUGGCUAUAUUGAUGACGUCAGCUAUACUUGAGGACAGAGAUUCUCUCUUCGAUGUGGCAGAUAUGGUGGAGUUAUUGCAACUCUAUCGCCUUAAAGUCCUCAGUCAAGAUGUGUAUCAACGACAGGAGAGAAUAGCCGUUGUGUAUGGAGAAUUUCUUAAGAGACUGAGUGGAGUUCUCACAACAAGGCUUUCAAUGAUCUGCUACAUCCCAGGACCUUUCACAGUAGAACAAGCAACAGAGAUGGUUGGUCACCAGUCAGAAGAGGAAACAGAGAGGUUGACCCUUGACCCUGUGAUGCGUCAUCACGUGAUACACUAUGACGAAUGUUCUCGUCGUUAUGACGUCCACGGGUUACUCCGAGACUGUAUAGAGAUGUUCCAGGAUACCAGCCGACUCCCAGAGACGAGGAAAAGGUUUUGUCAGAUUUUCUCACGGCUUAUAAUCAGUAUAAGUGAGAAAGUAGACUCUUCAGAGUACAUGGAAGGACUUUGCUUGUACAAUGCAGAACGUCAGAACUUUCAGAAACUCUUGACUGACGUCAUGUAUACAAACGAGGACACGUACGGUCUCUACAUGGAAUUGGCCCUCAGGGCGACAAAUGUCAUCCAUAAGUUUAUGGGAGAUGCUGGUGUUGAGUUUUUCCAUGAGCUGAUGAGAUUAUGCCAAAGUAACAAGAACUAUGUGGACGAGGCACGCGUCAGGAUCCAAUAUGGCAGCAUGCUCACAAAUAUCAAGGGAAGUACAUCGUUAGCGGAGGAACACUACAUCAAGGCUUUAGAUGUUUUGAACGCAUUCUCCAAGAAUGGCUCAGUAGAACAAAAUCGUGACGUCAUACGCGAAUCAUUGGCUUUAGCCUAUCAGAGGAUCGGAUGGAAUAUAGGUAGCCAGGGACGAUGGCAGGAAGCUCUGUUGUAUCUGGAGAAAGCACUCCGCCUAGAGGAAGACCUACACAUGUAUUAUGAGGAACUCGCUAUAUCAACUAUUCAAACAUUAUCUGUUUUUAAUAUCUUUCUCGAGAAUCUGGAUCUGGGUUUAAGAUUAUGUACGGAAGCUCUGAACAGACGCAAAGCUGUUUAUGGGACUGAGGAACAUCCCAAUGUGGCGAUGCUAAUCAAUAACCAAGGCCUCGUUUAUCGUAGGUUAGGGCAGAAGGACAAGUGCCUGGAAUGCUUUUUGCGCGGUUUAAGUCUGAAACGUAAAACAAAAGCUACGCCUAAAUCCCUAGCGAUAUCGUAUGAGAAUGUAGCAUUAGCUUCUACCGACAUUGGCAACCACAAGGAGGCACACAGAUACUUAAAGGAGGCAUACAUCUUACUGAAUAAAAGCCCUAGUCUAUACGCUGACAACAGGGCGUACGCGUAUUCUGUUGAAGGUGAAGUCUUACAAAAUCAAGUGCGGCAUGUUGAAGCCAUAUCAAGAUUUAAAGCAGCAGUGAGCAUACUUAUCCGGGAAGCCCCUGAUCAAGUGCUCACCAGCAAACUGUAUUUUGAAAUCGCAAAUUCAUAUUUCGCUUUGGAGAAUUACAGCAAAGCAAUUGAUUUUUACAUGAAGGUGACCAGUUUAAAAGAGAUAGUUCUCAGGGAAGCUCCGACAUGUGAUCGUUUGUAUCGAUCUUACACGAUGACCCUAGAAUGUCAUGCCCUUCUAGGGGACGACGGGAACAAACAUCUGUGUUACAACGAAGCUUUACACGAGGCAGCUCGUCUAAUACAAGCCCUCAAGAGAUUUGAAAAAUACGAAAAAGUUUCGAUGAUCUCAAAUGAACUACAGACACUGAAGGAAAGAUUUAGGAGUGAUGAAACAAAACCGGAAACACAUCCCUAAAGAGUGAUGAAACAAAACUGUGAACAUGUCCCUAAAGAGUGAUG